AUGCAUUGGAUUACCUAUGUCGCCGCGGCCGUAUUCCUGACAGGCUGGGCAGCGUAUUCAUUCUACGCAGCCCGUCGAGUCGCAAAGGACAGGCAACCUCCACGCAAAUAUCUGCCCGGCCCCAAGAACUACCCUUUCAUCGGCCGUGUCCAUGACUUACCAAUCAAAUUUAUGUGGCUCAAGUUCAAGGAAUGGGCAGAUAUAUACGGAGGAAUCUACUAUACGUCUAUGUUCGGUUCGGAAUUCAUCAUUGUGUCUGAUGAGGGAAUCGCAGAAGAGUUGUUGGUCAAGAAAGCCAAGUACAAUUCAGACAGACCAAUGAUGCGCUCGGUGACCGACUCGAAAAGUUCAGAAGGAGGCAUGGAAUACCUCCCGCUCAUGGGCAAGAAUCAGUACUGGGCUCGUCAGCGUCGCUUCGUUCACUCAUAUCUUAUGGAAGCCAGCAACGCUCACUACCGCGGGAUCAUGGAUCAUGAAGUGAAACGAUGGCUUUACCGUCUGGCUGUGGAGCCUGACAGUUUCAUGUUCUCCCUGGAGGAUAUGGCAUCGAAAGUCAUGUGUACACUCACGUGGGAUGACCCAACUGUGAGCGAGUACUACACCAAAAGUGCGUGGGCAUUACUCACCCAGAUGUCACCUGCUGGCCCCAUCACCAAUCUUAUUACCCCUUUGUGGCACCUGCCUUUGGCGAUCAAUCCAUGGAAGAAGGCAGAAAAAAUCCGGCAUGAUGAGCAGAGUGGUUGGUGGAUGGCCAAGUAUCUGCACACCAGAAAACUGCAUGAAGCUGGCCUAGCUCGCCCGUCCUGGACUCGGCAAUACCUCGAGAUCGAGAAGAGACCGCCUCUUUCCGGCGACAAAGAGGCAUCAGCGGCUCUUGGGAUGAUAGCACUGGUGGGGAUUUUUACUGUCGCAGGGCCACUCAACUACUUUCUGGUCUCCAUGGUGCAUCAUCCAGAAUGGCAGGCCAAAUGUCAGAAGGAGAUUGACGAGGCCUGCAACGGCAAAAUGCCUACGCUUCCUGACUCGCCCAAGUUACCCAUUCUCCGUGCUUGCAUCAAAGAAACCAUGCGGUGGAGACCGAAUGUGCCAACUGGCGUCGCGCACGAAACCGAACAAGACGACUAUUGGCGUGGUCAUUUCAUCCCCAAGGGUGCACGCAUUCUUCCUCUUGAUUGGGCCUUCCUUCGUAACCCAGUCAAAUAUCCCGACCCAGAGAAUUUCCGUCCCGAACGCUGGCUCGAGCCAGGCUGGCCCACAUACCAGUCUCCUCUCACAGUCUAUCCCAUGGUCAAGGGUAUGUCGUCAUUCGGCUACGGUCAACGAGCAUGCCUCGGCCAAACCCUCACGCAAGAUGAACUUCUGGUCGCAUGUGGCGGGCUUAUGUGGGCCUUUGAUUUGAAGAAGAAGGUCGAUCCAGCAACAGGACGCGAGAUUGACGUCCCUACCACCGCUUCAAACUCGCUCCUCAUCAUCAAGCCUGACCCGUUUCAAAUGGCAUUCCAUCCAAGAACUGAAGCUAGGAGAGCAGAGAUUCUUCAAAAUUGGAAAGAGGCGGACGAGAGGGAUAUGCUGGAGAGAAGAGCAUUUGCAAAGGCUGCCGUUUUGGAGCAUCCCAGUCUGAUUUAG